GGCAAUAUUGCAAUUUUCAAAGACGACGUCGUGUGUACAUAAGAUAAUAUGGCUUGCGACGGCAGUGACUGCGUACUUUAAUAGAAGCAUGUAUAGCUAACCUGUCGCACAUGAAAGCGUUGCAUUUUGGAAAGUUAAAAAUGUUGCCAGUGCAGAGCCAGGCUGAUCCACCGUGCAACUGAAGGAGCCCAGAGUGCUUACUCGCUGGUGUGAAUGAGGGCGUCAUGGCAGACCACACCCCUUCUCUGGAGUCCAGCCAGCUGCUCAGCCCCGAUCUCCCACUCAUGACAUCUCCUCCUCCCCCCAGCAUGGUGAACGGAGAUGGUCCGCAGCAGGUAAUCUUGGUGCAGGUAAACCCAGGUGAAGCCUUCACAAUUCGACGAGAGGAUGGUCAGUUCCAGUGUAUCACAGGUCCUGCUCAGGUUCCCAUGAUGUCCCCAAAUGGUUCAGUGCCUCCAAUAUAUGUGCCUCCUGGAUACGUUUCACAGAUCAUUGAGGAGAAUGGAGUGCGGCGUGUCCUGGUCUUACCUCAGCCGGAGUACCAUCCAGGGGGUCACUCCCCGCUGCACGGCCCUCCCCCGCCACCCCCCCACGCCCACCUGCCGGCCUUCAUCCCCCACCCGGCCAUGAUCCCUCCCCCGCCCCACCCCAUGUACUCGGGCGUGGCAGGCGGGGCGGUGGACAUGGGCUCCCAGUACAUCCCCCAGUACCACGCCGCUCACCUCUUCUCAGAGCAAGUUUCCACAGACUCCCAUUCGCCGCACGGGCGACAGCAGCUGGUUCACAGGGACGAAAGGGCUAGUAAAACCUACGAGCGCUUGCAGAAGAAGCUGAAGGAGCGGCAGGGGGGAGGGGGCGGGGGCGGCCCGGCGAAAGACAGGCCAAACAGCCCCCCUCCCUCGCCGCAGAAGAACCACUGCAGCCCCACCACGGUGGAUGUUCACAACGGUGUGGGGGGCAAGGGCGAACACGAACAGUGGCAGGCCAGCGCCGCGGGGGCGGGGAAGGACAAACAGGCGGGCAAGACGAAAGGAAGCCCGUACAUAGAGACAGAACCGGAAGAACUGGAUGAAGAAUCCAAGGCCCUCCAGUCACUGCUUUCUACUCUCAGCAAGCCAGUAGUGACAGACAUUCAGGCGCGGACAGCCCUGCUGACAUGGACUGCCCCAGAAGCACCGAAGAGCGAGGACGGCAGCAUGGAGGACCACGGGAGCUCCCUCCAGACUCUCAGCUAUGAGAUCACGGUGUCCUCCAGUGGCAAGGACGGGAAGUACAAGACUGUGUACAGCGGUGAAGAAGUCAGCGCAACAAUAGAGGACCUUAGACCAGCAACAGACUAUCAUGCAAGGGUCCAGGCCGUGUGUAACUGUUUACAGGGGAGUCCCUCUGAGGCUGUAAGCUUCACCACUCUUAGCUGUGAACCAGACACCCCCAGCCCUCCACGGAAAACCAGCGGGACCAAGAGCACCCUCGUGCUGCAGUGGAAGGCUCCUUGUGAUAAUGGUUCCAAAAUCCAAAACUAUGUUCUACAGUGGGAUGAGGGCAAAGGAACAGGAGAGUUUGAGCAGUGUUACUAUGGACCUCAGAAGCAGUAUCGAGUGACAAAGCUUUCACCAGCUUCAAGAUACUCCUUCCGCCUUGCAGCCAAAAACGACAUGGGCAUAAGCGGCUUCAGUGAAGCCAUUGACCUGUACACCUCAGGCAGUGUGCCUGCACCCCCUCCCAGCCCGGAGCUGGUAAAGGCAGGGGUCACAUGGCUGUGUCUGCGCUGGCAGCGACCGACCAGCUCUCCCGGCGACGACGAGAUCUCCUACGUGCUGGAUAUGGAGGAGGAGGGCUCGGGAUAUGGGUUCCAGCCAAGAUACGAUGGUGAUGAAGUCUCCUGCACAAUCAGAAACCUUCACCGGAGUACAAAGUACAAGUUCAGGGUGUCAGCAUACAACGCUGAGGGAAAAAGCGGUCCCAGCCAGGUCGCAGAGUUCACUACCUGUCCUGACAGACCCAGCAGCCCCUGCCGACCUGCUGUUAGGGGAAAGGUGCACCCCAACAGCUUCAGGAUGUCCUGGGAGCCCCCUAACGAUGACGGCGGGUCAGAAGUUACAGAAUACAUCGUUGAGAUAUCGGAAGGAACAACUGGUGCCUCAUGGGAGCAGAUGUAUCGUGGCUCAGCCAUGGAGUACAUGUGCGAUGGACUGGCGCCUGGCUCCUGCUACCAGGCUAGAGUUUACUGCAUCAAUGAAGGAGGGCAGAGCCCCCUGUCAGACAUGCUGCAGGUUCAGACGCCCCCGGUGCCCCCCGGUCCCUGCCUGCCCCCCAGGCUGGUCGGCAAGCCGAAAGCACGAGAGGUGCAGCUACGCUGGGGGCCUCCCCAGGUGGACGGAGGCAGGCCUGUGUCCUGCUAUAGCUUGGAGGUGUGUGAGGUGCAGGCACAGGAACACAGGGAGGUGUACCAGGGCCCGGAGCUGGACUGUACCGUCACCAGCCUGCUGCCUGGGAGAACCUACAGCUUCCGCUUGAGGGCAGCCAACAAGGCCGGGUUUGGGCCCUUCUCUGAGAGCUGUGAGGUGACGACAGGCCCCGGGGCUCCAGAACCAUGCAAGGCCCCUCACGUUGUUUGCAAGUCCCCCACCUGUGCGCUAAUCAGCUGGGAGUGCCCGCCCUGUAACGGUGCUCAGGUGUCAGAGUUCCGUGUGGAGUGGGGCGCUGCCGAGGGAAACAUGCAGGUGUGCUAUUCUGGGAUUGGACUGAGUCACGAGAUGAAGGGUCUGAACCCGGCCACCAUCUACUUCUGCCGGAUACAGGCCGUGAACGUUGCUGGCGCGGGCCCCUUCAGCGAGGUGACGCUGUGUCAGACCCCCUGCUCCGUGCCGGCAGCCGUCAGCAGCGUCCAGGCCCUGAGGGAAGAGGAGUGGGGUGACGAGACUGCCAAAGACAGAGAGGAAGGGUGCGAGCCGGCCCCCUCUCGGCAGUGCCCCUCGUCCUGCCUGGGCCUGCGCUGGGAGCCCCCCUGUGACCACGGGGCGGAGAUCACGUCCUACCUUAUAGACCUCGGAGAGCGCCAGCCCAUCGCAGUGGGACCUGUCACCAGAUACAUCAUCCAGCAUCUGCAGCCUGACACCAGCUACAGGAUACGAAUCCAGGCCUUGAACAGCCUGGGUGCGGGCCCCUUCAGUCACACCCUCAAGCUGAAGACCAAACCCCUGCCCCCCGAGCCGCCCCGCCUGGAGUGCACCGCCUUCAGCCACCAGACCCUCAGGCUGAAAUGGGGUGAAGGCUCCGCCAAGGCCGCCCCCUCGGACUCCUUCCAGUACCACCUCCAGAUGGAGGACAAGAAUGGGAGAUUUAUCUCCUUGUACAGAGGACCGUGCCACACUCACAAAGUCCAGAGGCUGAUGGAGUCUACCUCUUACACGUUCCGCAUCCAGGCCUUUAACGAAGCGGGCGAAGGGCCCUUCUCCCGUGUUUACACGUUCACCACUCCCCGCUCUCCCCCGGCUCCUCUCAAAGCUCCCCGAAUUGAGCGACUAGAUGACCACACCUGUGAGGUGAGCUGGGAGGCUUUGCCACCAAUGAAGGGGGAUCCCAUUGUCUACACUCUGCAGUGCAUGAUGGGAAACUCAGAGUUCAAACAGGUCUACAAGGGUUCGGCCACGUCUUUCCAGGUCCCCGGGCUGCAGCCCAGCUGCGAGUACCGUUUCAGAGUGUGUGCCAUCCGGCAGUGCCAAACACCCCCGGACCUGACCGGCCCCUACAGCGCCAGCGUCACGCUGUCGUCCCAGCGCAGCGAGGUGGGGGCCGGCGUCGGUGGCGCGGCCCCCCGGGGGGGUGUGGCCGAGGCGGGGCGGGCCAAGCGCAGCCUGACCGACGAGCAGUGCGCUGCCCUCAUCCUGGUGCUGUUCGCCAUCAUCUCCAUCCUCAUCGCCUUCGUCAUCCAGUACUUCGUCAUCAAAUGAGCCCUCCACGCAGCCACAGCGGUUCCUUUUUCAUUUGAAAUUCCUGUUCUGUUGCCAUUUUCCACCACACAUGGUUCAUCAGGCUAAUGGUGUGAAGGUGUGAGAAAAGUAAGGAAGCAGGAACAGUAAGAAACACCACCUUCUAUGAGGACUUUGGUCUGUAGAUCCUGCCUGCCCAAAAGCCAUUCUCACCCCCCCGGCCCAUCCCACACACUCGCUCCUCUUUCAUUGUAAUCCUGCCUCCUCUCCUUAGUGCCACCUCUCUGCUUUUUUCUCUAUCUGUCUUUCUCCCUUAGCCUACUUAUCUCUUUAUAUCCCAGUCUGCGGUUUCAUUCUCUCUUCUCUCCCAGCAUGUUGCCAUGUGUUACAAGCUUGGACUCUUCACCAUGGCAGAGAUUGCACUAUGAACCGUUUCAUUACUCUUCCACAUUGUGGAGAGACUGCUUUCCUCUGUACUGAUUAUCAGUAGUUCGCUGAAAAGGAAUUUCCUUUCUUUAAAAAAAGACUGAAAGUGACAAAACAAAAGUUCAGGAUAUCUCUAUAUUUACACACACAAAAUAUGUACACAUAAUACUACAGAGGGUUUUGUCAACGACAUAAAUGUAUGAAUUUAGCCUUCAUCACAUUUGGAACACUGAACAGUCCACUAACUGACAGAGCUCUACAUAUGUUUUAUUUCUGUUCCAAACAAGAGAUCAAAACGGUGACGCUUUGGUUUGGAGUUUUUUUUUUUUUU